GACUUUUUAUAGCUUAAUUUCUCAACAUUAUUAGUUUGAGCUUCGGAUUAUUAUUAUUUCCUUUGUUUUAAACUUUAAAGGAGUUCUUUUUGGGCUUUACGAUUGAGGCUCGUUGGGUUAAUUCCGUAUACUUUUACUCAUCAUCACCCGUUUCCUUCUUUGCGUAGCAUUUUUAUACACCAUUAAAAUUCGACCCGAACCUCUUCCGUCCACACCAACGCGCCACCGUUGGGCGCCACCUUCCUCAGCCGUACCGGAGCUCCUAUAGUCAAAUUCCCAUUAAUAUCCAGCUCUGAUAUUCACCUCCCAUUCUAUUUAAUCAUCGCCAAACGUCCAAAUUCUUACCUACAACUGUUUAACUGAGUCAUAGUUUAUCCUAUUGCUCCUUGUGCAAUAACAAUACGGUGUAAUAAAACUCUGUUUUAUUUAAAAUCUUCAAUAAUUGGGAAAGGACAUCGUCCGUCGGUUUACAAUUUCAGUGCGGGGCUCAUGAAUUCCCAUAGUGUGAAUAGAAGAACGAAUACUUGCUGUGCCAUAUGUGAGAGUUCCAACCGUGCCUCAAUUUGCUCUGCUUGCGUCAAUCUUAGAUUGAAUGAGUGUAGAAAUAACCUCAAGUCUCUGAAGGCUGAGAGGGAUGCAUUGUAUGCGAAAUUAAGUGAAGCCCUUGUUAAAAAGGGAAAAGCUGAUGACCAGGAAAAUUGGUUGCUUCUCCGAAAGGAGAAAAUUGCAAAAAUGAGAGAGAAGCUCCAGCUACGUCAAAUACAAGUAUCGCAAGGAAAGGCUAAGAUUGAGAAGAUGUCUCGUGAUAUUAAAGUCAAGAACGAGUUACUGGAUAAAGCUAGGGGCUUGUUGGAAACAAUUCGAGUUGAACAAAUGGAGAAAAACUAUCCUAAUCUUGUUUGCACCCAAAGUCUUGGACAUAUGGCUAUCACCUCGGAACGUCUGCAUAAACAAUCAGUUAUUGUGAAACAAAUAUGCAAGUUAUUCCCUCUCCGUCGGAUCACUAUGGAGGGUGAACGAAAAGAUGGUUUUAGUGGUCAAUAUGACACAAUUUGUAAUGCUCGUUUACCUAGAGGGCUCGAUCCACAUUCUGUUCCAUGUGAGGAGCUUGCUGCUUCUUUGGGGUACAUAGUGCAGCUUCUAAAUCUUGUAGUCCAAACUGUGUGUGGACCUGCACUUCAUAACUCAGGGUUCGCGGGUUCAUGCUCUAGGAUAUGGCAGCGAGAUUCUUACUGGGAUACCCGUCCAUCUUCCAGAAGUGAAUAUCCGCUUUUCAUUCCGCGCCAAAAGUUUUGCUCCACCGGUGGGGAAACCUCAUGGUCUGAGAGAAGCUCCAGUAAUUUCGGUGUUGCUUCUAUGGAAUCAGAUAAAAAGCAUGCUUUGGAAUCUUCUCGUAGUGGUAGUUUCAAUUAUGCAUCUGCGUCUCCACACUCAAUGCAGACGCAUAAGGAUUUGCAGAAAGGAAUAGCACUUUUGAAGAAAAGUGUGGCAUGCAUUACUGCAUACUGCUAUAACUCAUUAUGCUUAGAAGUUCCUGCAGAAGCCUCUACUUUUGAUGCAUUUUCGAGGUUGUUGGCCACCCUUUCUUCUUCCAAGGAAGUGAGAUCUCUUGUUUCUUUGAAAAUGGCUUCUGCAAGGUCAUCAAAGCAAGCCCAACAGUUUUGCAAGUCUGUGUGGAAGGUAGAUUCAACCAUUUCAUCCAGCACUUUGGCAGAAAGUGCUGUCUCUCUGCCAAUGACGGUAAAUAGAUACACUUUCAUGAUGUGUCAUUGCUUCUCUAGCUGCAUUGUCUUUCUUUUGCAUCAUCAAUAUCUUCUUGUUAUUUACUGUUUCAUAUAGUUAUGAACUUGCUUUGGCCUAUUUGAAGCUUGGGAUAGGCAAUUAUUUCCUUCAAAACCUCCUUGAGCAAAAUUAGCUUAAAAUUUCCCAUUUAAUGCAUUAGUAUGAUUGCUAAACAUGUCUAUUUUGGAUCUUUGAGGAACAGCUGGUAACAAUGAUGGUUGUUCUGAACUCAUUGUUUAUUAGAUUGGGCACAUGAUGUGUAGUGCUUCUGUGACCUUGUUUGCAAUCUCUCUGCCUGUUGGUAUAUUUUUGAAAAUCUGUAGUAUAUGGAUGAAAUAGAGUGCAUGCUGUAGAUUGUAUCUUAGCCCUAUUCCAUUUUCUUUUUAUGGGGGAGUAAGAUUGCUUCGGUCGCAUCCAUCUAUGUGAAUAUGUACUGUAAGUGAAGUAUUGCCUUUCCACUGUGCAGAGAAAUGGUUUUGAGCAGAAUGUUCCCAGUUCUACUGCAAGCUUUCUAGCUGAAUUGUCAGAUACUGGCAAAAUUGAAACCGCCAUUGAAGGGUGGGAUAUUGUCGAGCACACUUAUCCUCCCCCACCCUCACAAAUUGAAGAUGUUGAGCACUGGACACGAGCCAUGUUUAUUGACGCCACAAAGAAGAUUACUAAUUCAAGAAAGUGAUUAGGUUCAGGGUGUACAGAAGAACUUGAUACCUAAACCCGAUGUCAUGAGAUAUCCAAAAUUGUGAAGUUCUCCCAUGUUUAUUGUGGAGCUCGAAACUGUACAGUUCUCCCGUUGUAUCUGGAACAUUCAUUCUGUGUAAAUAGAUUCUGGAAGUAUUUUACCUUUUCUUUUGAUUAAAUAGUAUCCUUAAUUGUGGUUUA